UUUGAAUUCUUUCUCGACCAAAGUUACACCCACCACUGUUCUUUCGCCCACAACCCGCCAAUGGCGCCAUUAAUAGCCUCUCGCAAAAGAAAAGGGCCUUCUGAGGCCGCCCCAGCUGACGAUGAUCUUGCUGGCGUUCAAUUAGACGGCGUACUCUCCCAGAGCGAAGACGACUCCGAGGUUGACGAAGACGAGUUCGAUGACCUUGACGGCCUGUCUUCUGAUGAGGAUGUAGAAGACCCCGACGAAGACGAAGACGAAGAGGUGCAUAGCGACGAUGCCUCCUCUGAGCUUGGCGACAGCGCGCGAGCGCUUCCCAGUCUGGAUGACGAGGACGAUCAGCCGAACUACCGCGUCGUGAAGGAUGCGAAUGGAGGCGAGCGCUAUGAGUAUGCCGAGGUCGACCCUGUCUAUGACAGCGACGACUCAGAUGCCCAAGGCCCCGCGAACACGAUCGGCAAUAUCCCUCUCUCUUUCUACGACUCGUAUCCUCACAUCGGGUAUGACAUCAAUGGAAAGAAAAUUAUGCGCCCCGCCACGGGCGAGGCGCUCGAUGCCCUCCUCGACAGCAUCGAGAUUCCCAAGGGUUGGACUGGCUUGACAGAUCCAGAGACCGGAAAGCCUCUGAAUCUUAGCCAAGAUGAGCUCGAACUUCUCAAGCGACUUCAGAUGAACGAAGUUCCUGAUGAGGGUUACGAUCCUUAUCCUGACAUGGUCCCGUAUUUCACUGGUAUCGAGGAGAAGAUGCCUCUGAGCGCAGCACCCGAGCCGAAGCGUCGCUUUGUUCCCUCAAAACACGAAGCGAAGCGUGUCGCGAAACUGGUCCGGGCGAUCAAGGAGGGAAGAAUCCUUCCAUACAAGCCUCCGGAGGAGCGGCAACGAGAAGAGGAGGAAAAGGAGGAAGUCUAUUACGACGUAUGGGCCAACGAGGAGCCUCAGGAUCCUCACGUCAUGAACAUUCCCGCGCCCAAGCUGGCCCCCCCUGGAUACGAUCUCAGCUACAACCCCCCGCCGGAAUACCUGCCUACUGAGGAAGAGAAGGAGGCUUGGAAGAGCCAGGAUCCUGAGGAGAGAGAGAAGGAAUACCUCCCCGAGAAAUUCGAUUCUCUCCGGAAGGUCCCUGGCUACGGCGAGUUUGUCAAGGAGAGGUUUGAACGGUGCUUGGACUUGUACCUGGCCCCUCGAAUCAGGAAGAACAGGCUCAACAUCGACCCCAACUCUCUUCUGCCCAAGCUCCCUCGGCCCGAAGACCUCAAGCCCUUCCCUACUCUCAACCAGACAAUCUUCCGAGGUCACGAGGGUCGUGUGCGCUCUGUGGCAUUCAGCCCUGACGGCGAGUUUGUGGCAUCGGGAGGCGACGAUGGUACUGUCCGCGUUUGGGGCCUCAACGGCCAUCAGGAAUGGAUGGCCAAGCUGAGCAGCGAGGAGCCUGUCAACGUUGUUCGAUGGCGCCCCAACAAGGAGACUUUCAUCUUGGCCGCGGCAGCUGGUGAAGAUCUCUUCUUCAUGAUUCCUUCAGUCGCAAGCGACGCCGUGGAAAAGGCGAGCCGCGAAGUCCUCGAUGCUGGUUUUGGAUAUGCAACAAACGGCGCGCAACCCGCCGCGGCCAAUGGAGUGAAGAAGGAUCCUCCGGCCAAGUGGUCAAGGCCUGGAGCUAAGCUCGAGGAUGCUGGUGUACUCCUCAAGGCCACUGUCAGGUCCUUGAUCAAGGUGAUCAGCUGGCACAGGCGAGGCGAGUUCCUGUGUUCCGUCUCUCCCACUGGACAACGAAGCUCUGUGGCCAUCCACACCCUCUCCAAGCACCUCAGUCAGAUUCCGUUCCGCAAGCUCCCCGGUCUUGCCCAGACGGCCCAGUUCCAUCCCUCAAGACCCCUGUUCUUUGUUGCAACCCAACGAAUGAUCCGCUGCUACGAUCUGCAGCGACAAGAGCUUGUCAAGGUUGUCCAACCUGGCGCCCGAUGGAUCUCCUCGUUUGAUGUCCACCCCGGCGGCGACAACCUCAUCGUUGGUUCUUAUGACCGAAGAUUGCUGUGGCAUGAUUUGGAUCUGUCCGCUCGCCCAUACAAGACCAUGAGAUUCCACCCUGAGGCCAUCCGAGCCGUCAAGUAUCACCGCAGCCUACCGCUCUUCGCGGAUGCCAGUGAUGACGGAACCCUCCAGAUCUUCCACGGCAAGGUUGUCAGCGAUCUUAUGGAGAACGCCACGAUUGUGCCUGUCAAGAUGCUCCGAGGCCACAAGGUCAUCAACAAGCUUGGUGUUCUGGACGUUGACUGGCAUCCCAAGCACCCCUGGUGCCUCAGCGCUGGUGCGGAUGGAACUUGCAGGCUUUGGGCGUAA